AUGGGUCCUGUCGAGUUGCUGCACAUGUCUGUGUACUCUCAAAGUUUUUCGCCAUGCGGACGCUACCUGGCAGCGGGAAACAACUACGGAGAGAUCGGCAUCUUUAGUCUGUGCGCAGCUUUGAGUCCAGAUGGAUCAGAGGCGGGACGAAAGCCCGUGUUAACAUUUCCAGCUCACGACGGUCCGGUGUUCUGUCUGGAGUCAUUUGGCGGGCAACUUCUAAGCGCAGGCAACGGUUCGGUCAGCGCCUGGAAUUGGGCCGACCUCAUCAAGAAGAACGUCAAAGCGGCAUGGACCAAGCGACCCGAAUACAAAGGCAGCAUGGAGAUCCCAGAGAUCAAUGCCAUGGUCGUGAAUCCCCGAGACAACAGCGUGGUGUUUGGCGGCGGUGACAACAAUGUUCACGUCCUGGACCUGGAACACGGCAAAUUCAAGUCCGUCUUUGAGGGACACUCGGACUACGUCCAAUGCCUGAGUGUGAGAGAACGUGAGGGGGAGGUUCUAUCAGGCAGCGAGGAUGGCACCGUCAGGAUUUGGGACUGCAGAACGUCCGAUUGCGUCCACCGUGUGGAUGUGCACAAGUACGAAAAAUGUGCCCGCCCUCAGUUUGGCAAGUGGAUCAGCUGUUUGACGACCGACUCCGAUUGGAUGCUGUGCGGUGGAGGCCCAUCCCUUUCCCUUUGGCACCUCCGCUCUCUUACGCCGACAUCAGUCUUCGGGCUGAGUGGGUGGCAGCGGCAAGCACUCUUCUACCAGGACAUGAUUCUGGCGGUGGGCCAAGGUCCCACGGUGUCGCACUGCCUGCUGGGGGGUCAGGUUAAGGCUCAGAUCCCGUGCACGCCCAACAACGUCAACAGUCUGGCCCUUAACACCAACAGUACUGAACACCAGGUUUUGACCGUGGCAGGAAGCAGCCAACAUGUUGACGUGUUCACCAAUGUGUCCUAUAGAGCCUUCUCUCUACAUUUUUAA